GUUUCUAAUUCAGCUCUCGUCAUAUUACGAGUGCAAGUUUUACUGAAAGACAGAGAGAGAGAGAGAGAUUUGGUCCUCCCCGCCUCUCGUCAUCACAUUCUUGCCGAUUGCAUUUUCUUCUUCUUCUUCUUCUUCCCAGAUCUCUGAAUCCACAACCUUGUUAUUCUGUCCGGAUGCUGUUGAAGUUCAGUUUUAUAGCCAGCAUGCUUGGCUGUGUUCUAGUUCUUGUUUCAUGAACCAGUACUCUCUGGUGUCGCAAUGUGGAGUUUUGCUUCGAAUGCUAUAGCUGGAACUAUUGGGUUGAAGAAUGAUGCUCCAAAAGUAUGUCAAGCUGGUUCUGAAAGCUCAGAUGACGAUGAAGGUUCUUCUAAAAACAGCAAGGAGGAAGGAUUGGAGUGCCCAAUAUGUUGGGAAUCGUUUAAUAUAGUUGAGAAUGUGCCUUAUGUUUUAUGGUGUGGUCAUACACUUUGCAAGAACUGUGUCUUGGGUCUUCAAUGGGCGGUGGUGAAAUUUCCGGCGCUACCUCUUCAACUGCCGCUCUUUGUAUCCUGUCCGUGGUGUCAUAUGCUAUCUUUUCGUUGGAUUUACAAGGGAAAUCUUACGUUCCCUCGCAAGAACUUCUUCCUUCUUUGGAUGGUUGAGAGCAUGAAUGGUGAUAGGGUCAAUUCUCGUUCAACCUUAUCUGGGGAUCACCAAUCAGCUUGGCCAUCAUUAAACAGAACCCAAAUGAACCAUAGUAAUUUCAGGAGAAACCCGUGCAUUCAUAACCAAGAGCAAUUAGGCCGUAACCCUGAGCAUUCAAGCUUUAGAGUGAACUUCCUUAACAUUGAAAGUAUUCAUGCUUCCUUCUGUAAGUCGCUUGCUUUCUUUCUUCACUUGACAGCCAAAUUCCCAUUAGUAGUCAUAUUCCUUCUGAUCGUGGUGUAUGCUAUACCUGCUUGUGCUGCCAUCUUAGUUUUGUACAUACUCAUCACUCUUGUGUUUGCGGUGCCAUCAUUUCUCAUACUGUACUUUGCAUACCCUUGUUUGGAUUGGUUGGUGAGAGAAAUUACCAGUUGAAGUGCUCGCAGUUUCUUGGGUGAAUGUAGAAAACAUCUCAACAUCGCCAUUUGAACUCAUCAGUGGCGUAAAUUCGACGACUUCCCUUUUCCAUCUUGAAAGUUUUAUAUCUUUUUCUUACCAUAGAUGCCCUCCGCAUCCUUUCGUUUGACAGCUUGUCAGGUAAUGCUUGAAUAUGGGUGAUGUUAUGGUAGAGAAGCUAUGGAGAAAUUCUGAAGCUUUGUUCCUGAUUCAACAUUGUACUUCUGAGUAUUCCUGAAGAUUGCAUAGAAGAAUAACGCAACCAACUUUUUCUCUGUAGCUAUGAGGACCUGGUUAGAUUCCAGUGCAAAUCGAGCAUUCUAUUCUAGUGCAGGUUGAACAAGACGAGCAAAACAAUGAAAGAGCUUACAUUUGUAUUUAUUGCAUCUGAAGAUCAGUUUCUGCAAUUUUAUUCCUCUGAAGAUGUUUAGUAGAGUGGUUCUCAUUAAAUCUGUAUAUGGUUUUUCCACUUUUUAUUCAACAUUUGAAGCUUCUAUUAAAAUUCAGGUUCAGUUUGUAUUAUCAGAACAA